GCAGCAGCGACACCUUGUGGCCACUCAGGUGAUUUCAGAAACUUUUCCCGUUUAAUACGUGUCUCCCGCUCGUCAAAUCCCGUUUGCAGCUUCCUUUCUGCUUCACUGAAACAAGCGGCGUAUGUGAAAGGAAGAACCUCGGUGGCCGGUGGUCAAACAUGGGGGAAACUAUCCUACCUCGGCGCCUGUUCCUCUGGUGCAUGGCGCUCAUCUACAUGGUAGCUUUUGUUUCCCUCUACGUUCAGAUACCAGGUCUGUAUGGGAAUGAUGGGCUGCUCCCUGCCCGCUGGCAGCUGCGGUACACUGGGAAGCCUCUCCUGGAACAGCUGCUGACCUCUCCCACCCUGCUGUGGCUGGGACCCCAUCUGGGCUUGGACACCCAGACGGCCAUGGAGCUGCUGUGUCUCACUGGGGCCGCUCUGAGCCUGGCAGCCACGUUGCUGGAGCCUCUGAGGGACAGCCUGGUCUUCUUCUGCCUCUGGGCCUUGUACUUGUCUAUGUACCAAGUGGGCCAGGUGUUCCUUUACUUCCAGUGGGACAACUUGCUGCUUGAGACCGGGUUCCUCUGUAUCCUUGUGGCUCCCCUGAGAUUAAUAAGGGGAUCUCGAGCGGUCAGAGAGCACGAUCCUGUGACCUUCUGGCUGAUUCGCUGGCUGCUCUUCAGGCUGAUGUUUGCCUCAGGAGUGGUGAAGCUCACCUCCCGUUGUCCCACGUGGUGGGGCCUCACAGCUCUGACAUAUCAUUAUGAAACUCAGUGCAUCCCUACUCCACUGGCCUGGUUUGCCCACCAGUUGCCGGUCUGGUGGCAGAAGCUCAGCGUAGUGGGAACAUUCGUUAUAGAAAUCCCUGUACCGUUUCUCUUCUUCAGUCCUUUGCGACGGCUGCGACUUGCUGCCUUUUAUAUGCAGUUUCUUCUUCAGGUGCUCAUCAUUUUGUCCGGUAAUUACAACUUUUUCAAUCUGCUGACGGUGACCCUCUGUCUGUCCCUUCUGGAUGACCGCCACGUCAACUUUUGGCUCCGCAAAGCAGACAAAUCUGGAGACGAGAACAACGACUCCAAGCUGUUGCUGUGGCUUUCUCGCUUAGCGGAGCUGCUAGUUUGGACUCUCUUGAUCUUUGGAACAAUCAUCUGGUUCGACCUGCAGGUGGAUUCAGCCAAGCACAGUGUCUCAUCGCGCACAGCAUUCACAUACCACCAGUUUAACCAGUUUCUGAAGACUGUCACCAUCCCCUGCAUCUGGAUCGGUGUCCUCUCGCUCACCUGGGAGUUGGUCACAUCCAUGUUCAGGUGUGCGUGCAUCUCUGGCUUCCUGAAGCGGUUUUGGGGGAUGAUCCAGUGGACGGUGUUUGCCGCUGCUGCUGUGUCGAUGUUUGCAGUCAGUCUGGUGCCUUUUAGCUACAUAGAGUAUGACUCUCACUCCAGGUUGUGGCCAGGGGUGCGUCAGGCGUACGGACUGGUGGAUCGCUACCAGCUGGUCAACUCCUACGGCUUGUUCAGAAGGAUGACGGGAGUGGGUGGGAGGCCAGAGGUGGUCAUUGAAGGGAGCAACGAUGGGAACACAUGGACGGAAAUUGAGUUCAUGUACAAGCCAGGGAACGUCAGUGCGUCUCCCCCUGUGGUGACGCCACAUCAGCCUCGCUUGGACUGGCAGAUGUGGUUUGCGGCUUUGGGGCCUCAAACUCAGAGUCCGUGGUUCACUAGUCUGAUGUACCGACUCCUGCAAGGCAAAAGAGAAGUGAUUGAACUGAUCCAGACGGAUGUAUCCAAGUAUCCAUUUCACGAGGAGCCGCCUACCUACCUGCGAGCUCACCGCUACCGAUACUGGUUUACUGAACCAAAGGCCAAUGGAUCUUUUCCAGAGCGCUGGUGGAGGAGGGUCUAUGAUGAAGAGUUCUAUCCCAGAGUGCACUUGGGCAACACCUUCUUGGAGGGCAUGCUCACCCAGUUUGGACUAAAGGACAAGUCUGCUUCACGUCGGGUUUCCAACACCGCUGUUGCCCAAGCGGUGAGGUGGGUGCGCGCUCAGUUUAGAGGCGUUCCCACCCACACACUCAUCUGGACUCUCAUUGCCUGUAGCGCCACCUUCUGUCUGCUCCAGGGUUUGCGCGGCCAGACCAGGCACACAGAUCAGACUGCAGUCACCAAUAAGGCGGCUGAGAAGGUGGACGAUCUCUUGCCAGAUCUUUCAGAAGAAAAACAGGCAAAGGAGGACGAGAGUGAAAAGAACACUGAAGAUGAAGAGGAGGAUGAAAAUGAACAAAAGGUAGACAGUGAAAAUGAUGAUGAGGAAGAGUUGGUGAAGAAAGAUGAGAGUCAUGACGAAAGUUUUUAGAGAAGUUUCAGACUUUGAUCACCACCUGCCUUAAAAAAAAGCCAGAGGAUAUUUCUGCUUCUUUCUUCUGCCUCCACUUUAUUUCAGCAAUAUUUCUAAUGCUGAGGAAGAAAGAAAAUAUUCCUGGUUGCUGUAACCAGGAAAUGGAAAUCAGAGUAUUGAGCUCAGGUUUGUUUUUUUCAAGGGAGUAAAUGUAUAUCACUGCUGUUUUCUGUGUUUUUGCACUUGCUACUCUGUCUUUCUAUGUGCUCUGAAUCAUGUCCAGCACUUUGUGUCACUGUCGCUUUUUGUAAAUAAUUAGGUAUUAUUAGAAA